GUAGAUUCAUACCACACUAAUAAGGGUUUAAGGCCGAAAUCGGACGAGGUUAACAGAGAAACAAAGAGCAGUGGUUUACCAGUGAAUUGGAGAUGGGGGAAGGAAAGCAGCAAAUCAUGGCCGUUCAAUUUCCUACCCAGAACCCUAUUGAGCAGUUCCAGGCUAAGUUCAAGGAAAUCCAGGACAAAUGUAAGUGUUGGCUAGCCAAGCAAUCCUUACCGGUUGAAGCCGCAGUGGUCACCGCCACCAGCGCCGUGCAAGGUGCUUUUCUCGGCUCUCUUCUCGGCACUUUCUCGGCGGACCUCUCUAGCUCCAUGCCCACCCCUCCUCCCGGGCUCAGCAUGGAUCCUAAAGCCACAAACGCACUUAAACAAGCUCAGGCGCUGUCAGGUGGCCCCUUGAUCCAAGCCCGAAACUUUGCAGUUAUGACUGGGGUAAAUGCAGGAAUUUCUUGCGUCAUGAAACGAUUGAGAGGCAAAGAAGAUAUUGAGACAAGUGUGGUGGCUGCAUUUGGUUCUGGAGUGAUGUUUUCUUUAGUAAGUGGUGUGAGUGGUGGCCAGAAUCCCCUAGUUGGUGCUGUACAAAAUGGCUUGUUCUUUGCAGUUGUCCAAGGUGCACUUUUCAAGGUAGGACAAAACUUUUCAAAGCCACCUGUAGAAGAUAUUUACUAUACCAAGACUAGAUCACUGUUGUCUAGCAUUGGACUUGAGAAAUACGAGAAAAACUUCAAGAAGGGUUUGCUGACGGACGUCACUCUACCUUUACUCAACGAAAGUGCGCUUCGUGAUGUGAACAUUCCUCCUGGACCAAGGCUUCUUAUUCUCGACCAAAUACAGAGGGAUCAGAAUCUUAAAGAUAAAAAAAGAUUCAGCUAGUGAUGGUGUACUUUUCUAAUGAACGGCCUUGAGUGUGUAUUAUUGUAUUAUUCAAUAUUUAUGUCUGAAGAUCGCCUGCACUUUUGUAAUGCUUCAUUUCACAAUGCCCCCACCCCAUCAACCCAUCUUAGUUGGAGACUUUUUCCUUCAUUUAAUAAUGCUGGCGUUUUUUCUACUCCAAACCUUUUUUUAUGCUCAACAUAUGCUUUCAAUCUUUCUUUCGUUUAUGCUUUGAAGGAAUUGGGCACAUCGUAAGAUUAUGGUAGAAAAUGCUAUUUGUGCACA